AAAUUUUUCCAGUCAGUAACACUGCUACUUCAUACAGAGCCUGUGCGGCUCAAAGUGCCUGAGGUUUCAUAUAACAUGUAAUGAAAGUGAUACAUUCAAAUCAUUCUAAGACACAAUGUCAAAUUGAUGCAAAUUCCCUGUACAACCGCACUAACGUGACAUUAGGUAUGAAAUGAGUACUUUAGAGUGAUGACGAGUGAUUUGGGAUCGAGCCAAAAUUGGCUGAAGGUCAGUGCCGGAGACUAGCCUGGUACUUUUCACACGUCAAGAAAAAAAAAACAUUUCCCACCACUGUAAGCGAAAAUGAAAAGUCUGGAUUUAAAGGCAGUCACUUUCAGACGUGAUUUACUUUAAAGCAGCCAGAAGAUGUUGGGACGAGGAGGAGCGUAUCGUGGGUCCAGAGGGGCCACUUUUGCGCAGGUCCUUAAGAGCAACAUGGCAGCACCGGCAAGCUUCUCUUCUUUAGGCCAGCAACCUGCUUCUGAAUUCACCAGUGCCAACAGCAGCUCACUAGAUCAAGCCUGCAGCUCCCCGCCUAAAAACAGCCCCAAACUGAAAAAAAUCCCCAAAGAGCUGAUUGACAGGUACCGGAGAGGAGAGACUCAUGCUGUGUCUUUCCUCUACCAGCUCUCGCAGGUUCUACAGUUCCAGGUGGAGAUGAAGGAGACAGUAACUACAGGUGGAGUAAUUGGUUUCUACUUUGCAUUCUGUGCUGUGAUUGACGGAGUGGAGUAUAAAACCGGGAUGGGCAUCAAUAAGAAAGAGGCCAGGGUCAAAGCAGCUCAGUUGGCCGUGGAGGAGCUACUGUCUAAUCUGGAGCAUGACACUGUACUGCCUGAUGCUUCUGUGGGUCCUCCUCCUCUACCAGUGAAAGAGCAAAACUCCCCAGCAUCAGACACCCGUCCUGGAAGGGCCAUGUUUGAAAGGAAAAAUCCUGUUAAAGACCAGGUACCCAGUGCUGUUAAGGAGAUGUUCUCCAGGCUGAUGGAGAGUUACCCAGAGUUUUCUGGCUGUGGUGGAACAGUAGCUGCAUUUGUUAUUCAGUCUCCAACUGGGUGUGAAGUGGUGGCUCUUGGUACAGGCAACUAUAACACAAAAGAGAGUCUGGCACCCAAUGGACGCAUCCUUCAUGAUUCCCAUGCUGUGGUGACUGCACGGAGAUCACUCAUGAGGUAUCUGUACAGGCACCUGUUACUGUUCUACAGUAGGAAUCGCUCUCUGGAGGAGAAGUCAGUUUUUCAGUUGGAUGAGAACACCAAACUCUUAAGUCUGAAGAGCCACAUCACCCUGCACUUGUACCUCAGUCAGCUGCCCAAAGGAGCUGCCCAGAUACCCUCUCACCUUCGUCUGAGCCCACUGUCCAUCUCAGCGUGGGAAGUAAAUAAUCAGAUUGGUCUACAUGUGACAGUAGACGGAAAGGUCUUUUCUGUGUUUUCUUCUACACUUGACCAGAGUGGUUCUCGUAUCAUCAGUAUGUCGGCUACUGACAAAAUCACACAGUGGCAGGUUUUGGGUUUCCAGGGCGCACUACUGAGCCACUUCAUUGAGCCCAUCUAUGUCAGUAGCAUACUUAUAGGUGAUGAAAGCUGCAGUGAUACACGUGGUAUGGAGGUUGCAGUAAAUCAGAGAGUAGAUGGCAUCACCUCCAAGUUGCCCAUGUAUUACUGUGUGUAUCGGCCACAUAUUAGCCUGGUGCCCUCUGUGAUCCCCACAGACGCCCACAGCACCCAAAGAACACUCAGCCUCAACUGGAGCCAGGGAGAUGUUUCCCUUGAGGUUGUAGAUAGUGUGGAGGGCAAAGCUGUGGAGGAGUCUCCCUUUAAAAGUGGUCCUGCUCUUGCUAGUCGUCUGUGUAAAGCUGCCAUGUUGAGUCGUUUCAACCUGGUAGCAAAAGAGGCGCAGAGAGAGGAGUUGCUAGCUGCAGUUUCCUACAGAGAGGCCAAGAUGAUGGCGAAACCAUACCAGGAGGCAAAGAGCGUUCUGAAGUCGUACUUGGCCACGAGGGGCUAUGGACAGUGGGUUGAGAAACCACCUAUCAGUGAUCACUUGACAAUGUGAGAGCCAGUCCACAGUCCUAGCUUUGAAGCACCUUUGGAAGAAGGGUUUGGAAAUUCAGUGACAGUUUGCGUUUAGUUUCAAAAGGGAAGUAAGUGUUGUAUCUUUAUACUUAUCACAUUUUCAGUUUAAAAAAGGUGGAAUUAAAAAACAGUUGCAUUUGAGAAACACUUGAUUUGUUAUGUUUAGACAAAAGGUUCUUCAUUGAAUUAUGGUUGAUUUAUGUUUUUGUCUCCCACAUAUUUUUACUUGAAACUUUAAAAAGUGGGGCUGGGCGAUAUGAAAAUGUAACAUCCAUGUUGUAGUAUAUUAACGUCAUGAGUUAUUAACACUUUCCUGAGUAUUGUCAAGUGUCAGCGCUUUUAUACCCCUAUUGUUAGAUUAUAUUAAGUAAUUGAUUAGUUUUUUAUAUCAGUUGCUUUAUUUUCCUCCUUUUUCCUGGUUAAAUCCUUCAAUUACAUGUUGAAAUAAAUUAAAAAAAAAUCUACCUGAAUGAAAAUAUUUUUCAUAAUAUGGCUCCACAUAUUGUGUAAUGUGCUCCUUGAUACUUUCACCCACCAGUUUGACCUUUCUUUACCUUUAUAAUAACUGCUUAAAUUUUUGGUCACUGAAGGAAAAAUUUAAGUUUGGAGUGUUGCUUCCUGCAACAGGAAGUUUACAUUUCCAAGGCAUUUCAUGAAAAGUGAAACUCUAUAAACAGUUUAAUAAAUAAUACAAAAUAAAAUGAAAAAAGUUGAUAAUUGACUUAUUAUUUUCAUGACUUUUUAGAUUUCACAAACUCUUCAGAUAUUUUAGUUAAAAGUACAAGGUAAGUAAGGUAGUGGUGAGGUAGGUAUUUCUUUAUGAAGUGGUGUUGCUAGUUUCGGAAGGUUAGGGUCUGAGGCGAGCGCUCGUCCUCUUUUGCUACUAGUAGCACACAGGAAACCUCCACUUCCUGUCAAAAGUGAUACUGCAACUAGUUGUCUUCAAUAUUUGUAUGUGUGAAAGAGACAGGAUCAUAUUCUUACUCUUGAAGUCACUUUUUGCUUGCAAGGGAAGGAGAAUUGGGCGUGCACAGGUAGCUUUGAAGAUUACAGUUAUAUUCAUAUGUAUAAUACAUUAAUGUUUUUGCUGUAUAUAACCAACUUGAGCUUUUAUUCCAUAGGCCCUGUGUGAUUUUGCUUUAUGCAUGACAUUUUCCUUCAGCUUAGUGCCUGCUGUGUGUGUAUGUGUGCAGAGACAUGGGAAAUAACCAGCUUGGGCAGUUCUCAUAGUAAUAGUUUACUCCUGAUAUAUCAUAUUCAUGUGGCUCAAAAAUUACUUGACGACAAUGCUUUAAUGGAUCUGGAUCAAAUAUAUGAGAAAAAUUUAAUAAAUUUCUUCAACACUUUUGUGCUGCAAAUGUCUUAUGUUAAUGUUAGUAAAAGCUUUAAGAUCAGCAAAUGCAAUAAUGUGUUGAUUAAAGGCCACUUGAUAGUAGUGUUCUUUCUGCUAAAUAAUGACUUAUAAAAGGCAUUGUAUAAUUUGGUGUAGUUAAGUGGUACAGGAAACCGUUUAC